CAUAGACAAACCAAAGGCACUUUCUCUGAUUCUCCAUUGCUGUGAUAUCAGCCACCCGAGUAAAAACUGGAAAUUACACUUUCAUUGGACUCAGCUUCUUAUGGAAGAGUUUUUUCAACAGGGAGAUAAAGAACAUGAAAUGGGAUUACCAUACUCACCAUUAUGUGAUAGAAACACCACACUUGUUGCAGAGUCUCAAAUAGGAUUUAUUGAUUUUAUCGUGGCUCCAAGUAUGGAAGUAUGUGGAGACUUGCUGGAGAAAGUUCAUUUCCAGCUCCAGCGACCUCGAUCUCCAGCAGUAGAAGAGUCCAUUAUGGAAGAGAACUCAGAAAACAAAACUG